AAUUAGAAAUGACUUUUCAAGUAUCUGUGAGAAAAUAAAACAUCGCAAAAUUAGGAGGAUCUAAACAUUCAAGGCGAAGGAAUAAAAUAGGUCCUCAGCCUCUUUUUGAAAAAAAGAGAUGCUAAGACUAAUUUCAAAAAAGCUACCAUGGUCUUUGAAAGGGAAGCCAUGGCCCUUGAAAGGAAAACUUUGGAUUCAUCAAAGCACUCUUCAAAGAGAAAAAACAGCAAUAGAAGAAGAUGCCGAAGAAAAAAUGAAAUGCCUCGGAAAAGAAAACGUGACUAUUGCAGUUCGGGAACCUAGGAUCAAAAUUGUUAGGGUUUAUAGGUGGAGUCCAGAAGGUCCUAAAAAAAAGCCCCAUAUGCAACAAUAUAAAGUUGAUUUAAAUCAGUGUGGAACAAUGGUUCUUGAUAUUUUAAAACAAAUAAAAAAAGAACAUGAUCCUACUUUGUCUUUCCGAAGUUCCUGCAGAGAAGGAAUUUGUGGAUCCUGUUCUAUGAACAUCAAUGGUGUUAAUACCCUCGCCUGUAUCACGAAAACAAGCGAAGACCUCAAGAAGCCUUUGAUCAUUUAUCCUCUACCUCACACAUACGUAAUUCGGGAUUUAAUAUCAGACAUGGGAAGAUUCUUAGACCAAUAUAAAGAAAUUGACCCAUAUUUGAAGCGUCCUGGAGAAGAAAAAUUAUUGGGAAAAAGGCAAAUUUUACAAACGGAAAAUGAAAGGGCGAAACUUGAUGGCCUUUACGAGUGUAUUUUAUGUGGAUGUUGUUCAUUUUCAUGUCCGCCUUAUUGGUGGCACGAGGAAAACAAAUAUUUAGGUCCUGCAGUUUUGUUACAGGCUCUCAGAUGGCUCACCGAUUCUAGAGACCUGGCCCAUACGGAAAGACUGAACAAAUUGAGGGACUAUUUUUCCGUUUACCGUUGUCACACAAUUUUCAAUUGUACAAAAACGUGUCCAAAAGGUUUGAAUCCAGGAAAAGCAAUAGCAGAGAUAAAAAUGCAUCUCACAGGUUUAAGAACAAAACCGAAAGCCGAACUGGAAACUGAAUUUCCGGAUCCUUGUACGACGAUAACCAAAUAAAAAAUAAAAUAA